AUGCGAGGGAUCGUCGUCAACUACUACCCCCGGCGUGCCAUCAACGACGUCUACGUCAACGAGCAGCUCAUCUUCUUCAACUGCUACGACGACGACGACGACCUCUGGAACCACCAGCACCAGCUCUACGAGCAGCAGUGCCAGUGCGAGCCCAACGGCCUCUCUCCCGCCGGGCCAGAUCACUGUCGAACUUCGACAAAUCCGCUGCUCGGGUGCUCCAAAAGUCUGAUCAUGUCUCAGGGAGUCCUUGGCGCCUACCGAAAUCUUCGGCUUGACCCGAGCCGAAAAGAAAUUAGGGUUCUGAGGAUUCAUCCCGGAAUGCAAUCUGACCCGCUGUUCACCGUUCUUGAGGUCAAGAGCCUGAACGACACGAUGAAGCAGCCUUACGACUGCCUGUCAUAUGUUUGGGGAAAUGUGAAGGUCACGGAGCCCAUGACAGUUAACAACCAAGUCCUGCAGGUCACGUCGAAUCCCGUGCGCUGCCUCCGUCAUCUGCGUCACCAGAAGCAGGAGCUUGUUCUUCGCCAUCUGGGGGAGAUCUACUCGAGAUGCUCGACGGUAUAUCUCUGGCUGGGAGCACCGGAGUCCUCGGACGACGUUUACGCGGAGUCGCGACCGGAUCCCUUUGCGGUCCUGAGACAGCUGGCCAGCAAUUGUCACCUCUCCGAGCUCCCGGGGUUCGAAGGUGGCCAGGGCUCCGGCCCGAUAACAUUUCAGGAGGACGACGCAUGCUUGGCCGCCUGGGAGGCAUUCUUUCUUAUUGCGACCAGCCCCUGGUUUCAAAGGUCCUGGACCGUCCAGGAGACGGUGCUUCCACGCACCGCCAUCGCCGUAGUCGGCCACUGGCGCAUGUCAUAUGUAGAGGAUAUCACCAUCGCCCGGCAGAACCGGAACGCGCAUUUAUUCAACUCACCCUCCAACACUUGCCGCUGCCAUGAGAGCUUUAAAGUGCUUCCUAGCCACUUGCGAUCGACAAUGGACCGUCUGUUCUCCCAGGUCGAGGAUUUGGAGAAGUUCCGCUACAUUCAACACCGCGACAACGUCGUCCACGCCCACGAGUACCGAGCAGGUUCCGGCCUCUUCGAUAGCUCAGGCAACUGCACCGUACCGUUCUUUGACUUGCUGCGCACUUUCGCUAGCCGUCAAUGCCAAAACCCUCGCGACAAGAUUUUCUCCCUUGCCGCCAUGGCGAAGGCGCCGGCUUACGACUCCUUUGUCCCAGACUACCGCGUCGACACGGCUGCAUGCUACAUCGGUAUCUUUCGACAGAUGCUGGAAGAAUGUAAAUACGACUUUCGAUGUUUCGUCGGCUCAUUCUAUGGCUCCUCUUCUCCUGAGAUUACCGGACUUCCGUCGUGGGUUUGUGACUUUUCCAAUCCUGUUAUGAACCCCGGUCAGGAGCUACGACGACUGCAGGUCUACAAUCUCUACAAUGCAUCCGGGGAAAAGACAGGAGCACCGCAAAUUCGCAACGGUAUAGGGCUGCUCCUCUCCGGGGUUUACGUCGACACUAUCAAGCAAGUUGAUGAGGGCUUCGAAAACCGCCGUACAUGUGUGAACCCGCAGGCCGUAUUUGCUAGGUGGAUCCGCAUGUGUGAGCACGCCAUAGGCUCGACUGACCGAGAACGGGUGCGUAGGGCAAUGGUCAGCGUCCUCUGCGGCACCGUGGUGGCGGACUGGAGCUUCAGGCGCACACGGGACAGGGACGGAGCAGACGACCCUUGUCUGCUGAAUGAUUCCGAGUGGCAGAGGCUCAUCGGGGGUGACCUACACGGGGUGCCCUUGGAAAUGGGAGACCGGAUUCGGGGUUACAGUGGACGGAAGAUGUUUCUUCGUCACAGGAGGCGGGAAGACGGGCUUGGCUGUUGA